CUGCCAAGUGAGGGUCUGGGAAGGGGGUGGCUUCCUGGGCAGGGCCUCUAGGACGGUGCAGCUUCCUGCCAUGGCCAACGGGGGAGCUAAGCGCGGUCUCGCUUCCCCCAGUGAAGGCAGAACGGGAGACGGAUGAGGCCCAUAUCUUCUCCAGUCGAAUGACAUGCACGGGCAUGUGGAGAGAACACACAGCCGUGUGGAUACUGAGACCCAGGAGGAAGGGGCCUCCAAGUGCUCUGUGCAGGGCUCGCUUUGGCAGCUCAUGGGCUGAAAUGGCACAAGCGUUCUGUCUGGGUGAGGUAAAAGCACAACUAGAAUUGUGGCCUCCGAGAACUUGGGCAUCUGCUUUCCCUCCGCUGGUGCCAGGGCCUCAGUUCCCCGCUGUGUCUUGUCCCCUCAGGAGUGCCAGGACCUGCUUCUACCAGUUUUCUCUGCCCUCUCGGGAUCCAGGCAAUCCCAAAUGGCUGGGGGCCAAUCAUGCCGCUGAAAUCGCCUCUGUGUAUGGAGAGCCUUUCACUAAGCCUGAGGUGUACCAGCCCCAAGACAGGACCGUCUCCAAGGCCAUGAUCGCCUACUGGACCAACUUUGCCCAUAGUGGGGACCCCAAUGCGGGCCACUCUGCAGUGCCCACUCACUGGUACCCCUACACCACGGAGAACAGCAACUACCUGGACAUCACCAGCACACUAGACAGCAGCUCCAUGAAGGAACACCUGAGGACCAAGUUUCCACAGUUCUGGGCCCUGACCUACCAGGCGCUGCCCACUGUGCACCUGCAGGUCAGCCCUGUGCCCCUUUCGGAUGAUUCUGAAUCUCCCCCCACACCCUCUGCGGAUGGCUCCCAGGCACCUCAGAUGCCUAUUGUCUUGGGUUUCUAGUGUUUGUGUCUGGUCCCACUUGGCCAAAUGUUUAGGUCCCCGGGGCUGUUCCUCUCCUGAGCGCUUCCUAAAUAAAGGCCCUGCUCUCUA